AUGUCGACACCCACAGAAAGUGGCGCGAGUAUACCUCUUCGACCCGCACUUCGCGUCGAAGAUGAUGGACCUCUGAGCCCUAGGAGUGGACCUGUCAAAGUUGUCUCGAUCGCAGAGCCCGAAAACAUGCCUCCGCUUACUUCGCCCGAUGAGAGCACCCGACACAGGCGGUUCUCGACUAGCCUAUCCACGAAGAGGAUGACUGGGCGUCCAAGCAUGCCGUCCAGUUCAUCGUCGAGAAUCUCGCCCGCGAAUCAGGGCGGCAUGGAUGAAUUCAAUGUGUCGUCUGAUACCUCUGCGACGCAGCAUCACCGAGGAGAAGGGCAUCAUCCUCACCAUCGCCACGUACAACAGCAGCACGAAAGGUUACUCAUACAGGUCUCGGAAUGGCUACAGAAGGAAAAAGCCAAGCGGGCAGCGCGCAAAUCCGCGAAGAGGUUGUCGAAAGAACAGGAGCUGGAAGGACUGAAUCUGGAGGGAGAUGCAAGCCAGCCUUCGCUACGACGUACAUCGAGCCAGAGUUCGGAUUCCAGUGCUUUUUCUCUCGAGAAGCUGCAGCGAAUUCUGGAGGACAACAUGACUGGGUAUGGACAAGAUAGCCUGCCGUCUACUUCGCCGUCCUUGGGACCAAGACGGCCAUCACAUCCGCGGAGGGGGGCGUCGUCGAAGAGGGGGUUUCAAAGCUCGGAUACGGAAUACCAGGAUGGGGACGUGGUUGUACCUUCGUGUGACGUGAUGCUGGAUAAUUCCAAGACGCUGUCGUACAGUGGAGGCUCGGCGGAUUCUUCAACUGAGAAUGUUACCUUGUCUACUUCGAAACGAGCGGAGAAGGAGAAGAAGGCAUGGCUGGCGUUUAAAAGGGAGAUCUUGAGAUUGGCACAUACACUAAGGUUGAAGGGGUGGAGGAGAGUGCCUUUAGAGAGGGGAGGGGAUAUCGAGGUUGAGCGGCUGAGCGGAGCACUGACGAAUGCCGUCUAUGUCGUUUCUCCACCUGCAGAGCUUCCACUGACAAGUAACACCAACUCUUCUACGCCGCACAAGCCUAGACCCCCGCAGAAGCUUCUUUUACGAAUCUACGGGCCACAAGUCGAACAUUUGAUCGACCGGGAGAACGAGUUGGGAAUUCUGCGUCGCUUAGCACGCAAGAAGAUCGGACCGAGACUACUAGGAACGUUCAGAAAUGGGCGAUUCGAAGAGUAUUUCAAUGCGCAGACAUUGAAAUCGGAAGAUCUGAGGGACUCGGCCACGAGCAAACAGAUUGCCAAGCGUAUGAGGGAACUGCAUGAAGGCAUUGAGUUACUUGAAAGGGAGAGGGAAGAAGGACCAUUCGUAUGGAGAAACUGGGACAAGUGGGUCGACAGGUGCGAGGAAGUGAUCCGAUAUCUCGACAAGGAAAUCCUAAGCGGGAAGAAAAGGAGAGGAGAGUCAUGGAGAGAACGAGGUCUGGUGUGUGGCGUUGAGUGGAAGGUCUUCAAGUCCGCCGUUGACAAAUACCGGAAAUGGCUUGAUGAAUAUUACCGAGAGAAAGGGGGAGUGAUGAACAAUCUGGUCUUUGCUCACAAUGAUACACAAUACGGAAAUAUCCUGCGCCUCAUCCCCGAACCACCUUCUUCCGGCUCUGCUCCUUCCCCACUGCUCCUCCCCCAGAAUACCCACAAACAACUGGUGGUAAUCGACUUCGAGUACGCAUCCGCCAACACGCCAGGUCUCGAGUUCGCAAAUCAUUUUACUGAAUGGUGCUACGAUUAUCAUGACGCCAACAAACCCUGGGCUUGCAAUACUGCUAACUACCCCACCCUGGAACAACAGAGGGCGUUCAUCCGGAGUUACGUGAACCACCGACCGCAAUUCAAUCCCCGAGCGUCGGCGACGCCCAAGAUCGCGGCAAUGGAUGGGUUGGCUAAAGGAAGUAUUGGCGAGUUCCUACUAGAUUCGAGAACACCGGGCGGGAGUAUGCUUAGCCUCGGAGAGAGCAGUUAUACAGAAGAGGAGGCCAGACGAGAGCAGGAGACGGACCGACACGUGGAGGAAUUGUUGAAGGAGGUUAGGAUCUGGCGGGUCGCUAAUAGCGCGCAAUGGGUUGCGUGGGGCAUCGUGCAGGCCAAGGUGCCGGAACUGGAUGAGAAGAGCCCCGUCGUCGAAGGCGCCGCGGGGACGGAAGAACCCGUCUUCAGCGGCGAGCCGGAACGGCCCGGGAAACCGGACCAGAGACCAGAAGGCCCAGAUAGCAUGGAGGAGGCUGAGAACGAGGAGGACGAGUUCGACUACCUGGGGUAUGCGCAGGAGCGGGCGCGCUUCUUCUGGGGCGAUGUCGUCGGUCUGGGUUUGGUGGCGAAGGAGGAGCUGCCGGAGGAGCUGGUGCGGAACCUUAAGGUCGUAGAGUAUUGA